CUAUAUAUUUGUUUGUUACAGGUUAAAGACAACAUGCAUCGCUCUUCUUUCAUUCUCACAUUGAUUUGUUUGUCUGAUGUUUUGCCAAGUUUCAUCACUUUGGGUGAUCAAUAUAGUCUGGAGUGUCUCAGUAAUUAUUUAUCCAUCAUCACCUGCUCUCUGAACAUCUCGGAUGAGUCUCUGGGCAACGAAUCGUCCUACUGGCUGCAUUUCAGAACAAAUGAAGAAGAACAUAACUGCACACUGAAGAGGAGAAAAACAGUCAUUACUGUGUGAGUUGGAUUUAUCACCGAAUGUGUAUUUCACCGAUGUGGACAGCUACGAAAUCUCCCUCCGUUCCGGUUACCAUGGCAACAACUUCUCCGUCUUACUAGAUGGUGACUUCAUGCCUCGUGAAAAAAUUCGCCCGGUCCCUCCGUCUAACCUGUCUCUACAGUGGAAGAAGGACAAGGCUCUUUUCCAGUGGGAGAGCGGAUAUGAUCCAGACUCAGACUCUCUCAUUCCCUUCCUCCAGUACCAGCUCAGCGUGUACAGCGAGCACAAGCUGUAUGAGGUAGUAGCUGUUGAACUGAAGGUGUGUGUGGACAAGUCUAGAUUUGAACCUCACACAAGUUACACAGUGCGUGUGAGAUCUCGGCCGGAUCGAGUGUAUUAUAAAGGCGUGUGGAGUCCGUGGGCCCCUGCGAUACACUGGAGGUCAGGGGACAUUCUCAAAAAGACUCCGGAAAGAUCUUCCCAUAUUGCCUGGUAUUUUCUUUCUUUGGCUUUGCUGCUGGUCCUUCUGUCCUGUAUCCCAUAUUCAAGAUGGAGAAAGGGUGAUUAUAUACCAUCACCAGCCCCCUUUUUCAGAGACUGGGAUGUAGAUGUUCAGAUCUGUUCAACGCUAUCCUAUAAGGCGAGAGAUGUAACGCAGGGGGAGGAGUCUCUCCAGAUUGACAUUCUGAGGGAGAGCACAGACACGCCCCCUCAGCAGACCAGCUUAGUUUAUGAGAUGGGAACCAGUGACCAGGGUGACCCCACGCCCCAGUCUCCCAGCAUGCCCCAUUCUCCUGUGGGCUCAGAUGUCGACUCGGGCUGUUGGAUUCGUGAUUUUGCUGUAACAGAGCGAGGAAGCAUCACAUGCAGCGAGGACUACUGCACACUCUCCAGCUCACACACUUAUGCCAUCUAACAUUACCGGUCAGAAGUUUGGGGUCAAUUAGAUUU